AUGUAUGUGAAAUGGUUUGAUACAGUAAUGUUCUACUAUGUAAUUUUAAUGUAUUUAGUGAAUGUCACUUUUUCACAUUUUUAAAUUUCCCGCUGUUCCGUCCCCCGUACGUCCUGGCAACGCAGGGAACGGAACCCGGAAGACGGAUGCCGGCAUCGUCCGGAGGACAUUGCCGGGGACACUGCAGGAGGGAAAUCGUGGGAGCGCAGGGUAAGGUAAGUGAAGAACACAUGCCGGAGCAGUGCCGCAGGGUAAGCCCGAGUGUAGCUCGGGGUUACCGCUUUUGGUACUGAAAUGUUACCCCGAGCUACACUCGGGAAUACCGCCAGGGAGGUUAAAGGCAU